CUGAGGGAAGUGGGUGUGUGUCCCAGCUCAGCCCCAGCCCUUCCCCGGGCGGCGAUUGGCUGGGACCGGGCGGGGCCGGGGAUAAGUUCCCGGGGAGUGCGCUCCCUCCUCACUGACGGCGAGAUCCCUGGGAGCGGACACAGAGGUCGUGCUCACCCCAGCGGCCGGCGCCUCCACCGUGGACAGCCCGUGUUCCUUUGCAAGGAUGAAAGUGUUGGUUCUCACCUGUUGCCUCCUGGCCUUGGCCAUGGCUGCCCCGGUGCGGAAAGCCAGAGACUUGAGCAGUGGCAGUAGCGAGCGAUACUCUCGUUUCUUUCAACCAUUUUACCCACCUUAUUUCCCCUUCCCUCCAUUCUUCAAUAGACCUCCCUUCUACCAACCAUUCCCCAGAUAUCCUCCCUUCCCUGGUUUCAACUAUCCAGGCUUUGCAAACAUACCUGUAUUUAAUGGUUUUGAAAGACGUGCCAUCCCUGGAGCAUCAAAAGUAAGAGGUAACAAUGUGGAAGAAAGUGCCCCACAGGAAUUCUCCUUGAUCAAUGGAGCCAGCAUCAGCUCUGAAGUUUCCCUUGAGGACACCAGCAGUAUUGAGGAUAAUGAUUACAGGCUAUCCCUUGUGAAUGUGCCACACGACCUGCCAGAUUACGGGGACCCUCGGGUGUCAGAUUACGGGCACCCUCGGGUGCCAGAUUACGGGCACCCUCGAGUACCAGAUUACGGGCACCCUCGGGUGCCAGAUUACGGGGACCCUAGGGUGCCGGAUUAUGAUGGUGCUGUAACACCAGAUGAAGAGCUCCCUGGGGUGCCAGAUUAUGAGGUGCCUUUCGGACCAGGAGUUGAUACAGAUGUGGAUAUUGGGUUUGAUCAACAAAGCUCCAGGGACACAGCAAAUGAGGGAUCUAAUACGGAGGAGCCCACUGGUGUUCUACCGUACUCUGACUCCUCACAGAAUUUAGAUUCACUUGGAUUAACCCAGGAAGAUAAUCAAAUGACCAGAGACAGUAAUGAGGGUGCUGGCCACCAUGAAGCAGUCAAUGAACCCACUGAACAAGACCUCAAUCACGGAGAAACCCUGAAUACCCAGGAAUUUGUGGAUCAGCAAGGGUCCAGUGAAGACUUGACUGAGGAAUCCCAAACCGAUGAGACACAGAAUGUUGAUGCCAACCCAAUGGACACAGAGCUUACCGCCCUUGCCAAUGAAGAUGACAGUUAUGAAGAUGACAGUUAUGAAGAUGACAGUUAUGAAGAUGACGCUGAUAUUGGUUUCAUUGACAAUAAUCACAAUUACAAUGGUGACGUUGAAUCCGAAUUCAACGGCGCAGAUUCCAAUCAGAGAACCUCAUCAGAUUCGGAUGAGACUGACCUCGAUGCUGGUGAAAUCGAGUUCAAUGACAACGAUGGCAAUGCAGAGGAUUCCAGUGAGGAUGUCACCAACAUAAGCAAUGUUGAAGAUGACAGUGUACUCGGUGAGAACAGUGAAACCAACUUUUCCAUCUGAGGUGCUGAUGGACUGCGCAGAAGAUGUUGGAUUAAAGUGAUUCUUCGAACCCUGCACAGUCUUUGAACAGUGAAAAUGCUACUGAUAACAGUGAAGGUGUCAGUUUCAUCAUUGGAGAUGUUAAACUUGCAAAUUAUGGACUUUUUGCUUAACUAAACACUUUAUUUGGGUGUAAAGGUUUUCUGACAUUAUAUAGAAUACAUAUUUCACACUUUUGGCCAAAUCAUCAGGGAUCUUUUCCCAAAGCUGUUGAUACAUCUAGAAGAAUCUAAACAACUGUUUACUUUAAAGCAAUCUCUUUUCAAUAUUUGUUCUUGGUGUGUGGGCAUUGAUGGCAAGAUCCAUAUUAUCUGCCCGUCCCAAAUUAUCAUUGAGAAGGUGCUGCCUUUGGGAGGGGAGUCCCAGUUACUCUGAAGGGACACAGAUGUAUUUCCAAGCCAGGAUGGCAUACAACUUGGAGUGUAAUGGUGUUCCUGUGACCCAGUUGCCUCUGUCCUCCUUUGGUCUUUAGUGGUUGAGGUUAAGGUCCGGGAGGUGCUGCAUCUACAUUCCUUUGGCAGGUCCCUUUCAGGAAGUUCCAACACUGAGUCAUCAAAGAAAACCGACACUAAGGGAUCUAAACAUCUGUAUUAGACACAGCGAUGAUGCAUUUACCUGUACAUGUUUCUAUUUUAUUUAUAUGUAUAUGUGAGAGAUAAAGGGUUUUAAGCAGUCA